CAUGAACCUUUCCGUUUUUCCAACUUCCAAUCUAUUUUCUUGAAGAAGAAAUUCACCCCCCUUUUUAAUUUUUUUUUAAUUUUAAAUAAUUUAUUUAAUUAUUGGGAAAGAUGAAAUCUUUGGAAAUAAAAGAAAGCAGGCGGUGGUUUGGCAGGUGGUUUUUGCAACAUGAAAAACAGAAGCAAACACAACACCCUUCAACUGGAAAAUAGAACACAUUUUCUGAUCUGUUCAUCCUUUUAUGCUCUUCUUCUUGGCCUCUGAGUUGGAAUGUGCGUGUGGGAAUGCUGAUCAACAUUGGGAGCAAUGGAAUAUGUAUGAAAUCAAUAUUUGAUAUGUUACACAUCUUCUCAAACCAUCUAAGAUAGCCUUAUGAUACAUGCAACACUUUCUGGAAUGGGUUUAGAAGCAGGUAGCACUGAUGAAACUGUAAGCGUGCUAGAUGAACUAUGGCCUCUUGAUGAUAUCGAUCCAGUUAAGUCGAAGUUCCCAUGUUGUUUAGUUUGGACUCCACUUCCAGUUGUCUCAUGGUUGGCACCUUUUAUUGGACAUGUUGGCAUAUGCCGAGAGGAUGGCUCUAUUCUUGACUUUUCUGGGUCUAAUCUGGUAACUGUAAACGAUUUUGCAUUUGGUGCAGUGGCAAGAUAUUACCAACUUGACAGAAGACAGUGCUGCUUUCCUCAGAAUCUAUCAAAGCACAAAUGCGAGCAGCGCUACAAACAUCACGAGCUUGGUACUGCUAUAUCUUGGGAUGACGCUCUAGAAACAAGUUUGCGUCACUAUGAGAACAAAUCAUACAAUCUCUUUACGUGCAAUUGCCACUCGUUUGUGGCCAACUGUCUGAAUCGCCUUUGCUAUGGUGGAUCAGUGAGCUGGAACAUGAUUAAUGUUGCUGCAGUGGUCCUAUGCAAGGGAAGAUGGGUGGAUGGCAUGUCAGUCUUAAGAUCCUUUUUGCCUUUUCUUGCGGUUCUGUGCCUCGGCAUUUAUAUGGUUGGCUGGCCCUUCUUGAUCGCACUGCUAUCUUUUUCUCUUAUGCUUCUUGCUUGGUUUGUCGUAGGAACCUAUGUUGUCAACAACAUACUAGAAUGCUAGGUGAUUCGAGAUUUGGUAAUAAUAAUUCAAGCUUUUGUAAGUUUUAAAUGGCAGCAUGGUACAGGUGAACAUUUGUAGAGGUUGCAAUUGUAGACUUAUGCAAGGCUGGGAUAUUUACAGGGAAAUGAAGGGAAUAUAUAUAUAUAUAUAUAAUUUCAGCGUUGCACAGAUAUUGAUUCCAUCUGGCUCUUUAUGUUCUGCAUUGAUUUCUCCUCAUGAUUUUAAUUCCAGCCAUCUCUGAAACAUAAUUUAGAACAAGCAUUCUAAUGGUUUAGAACAGGUCCUGUUUAAAACCAUUUGAUAUCGGCUAAUAACACAGGAUGCAAUGCCAGAACAAUUUUGGAGCCAAAGAAAGGAGAAACUUCCAUUGUUCUUAGCCUCAUCAUAUAUGAAAGGAUGAAAGAAUCAAAUUUGUUCAGGAACUCGAAGAACAUGGACUGAUCGAUGUGUAUUCGGGUUUUGGGUGAAGGGGAUAAUCAUGUGUUUUUAUUGGUUGUUGGAAUAAUCUACAUUCUUGGCAUAUGAUAAGAACAUUAUUUGAGAAAAGGUUUAUGACCUAUUUGAUCUUAUAGUUAUAGAUGGUUAUACUUAUACACUGAU